CGAUUUGGAAGAUCGCCGCCGCGCUGCGUGCCGUAAGAGCGGGCGGCGGCAGCGGGCGGCGGGGGUCGUCGCGGGCCGGAUUGGGAGGCCAAUUGGGCCGCAUCCGGCCCGGGGGCCGUAGUCUGGGGACCCCUGGUCUAGAGAAAUAAAUUGUUUCAAAUGCAAUGGCAAAGACCACAUAGCAAGGAACUGCAAGGGUCCAAAUGGGGAUAAAGUUGAAUCCCACCCCUCAAAACCACAAGGCGUUAAGAAGGGGAGUCGUGAGCAAACCAUGUUGAUGCAGGAGAGGAGUCUAGCUGUCCAGAAUCAUGAAAAUAAGCGCAAUAAGUGGAUUCUUGACAGUGGAGCGAGUUCACAUGUUUCUUAUGAAAAGGAGUAUUUUAAUGAGCUAAAUGAGGAUGAAACCUCUGAAAUUGAAAUUGCUGAUGGCAACGUAGUGAAGGCAAUUGGUGCAGGAACUGUGAAUUUAAAAUUCAACGUAGAUCAUGAAACAAUUAAUACUAAGAUAACUGAAGUUAAGUUUGCACCAAAGCUUAACUGCAACUUACUCAGCGUGUCCAGUUUGGACAGGAAAGGUUUUAAAAUUACAUUUGAAAAAGGGCAAUGUAUCGUGACUAAGCAUGAUGAAGUUUAUGUUGAAGGCAAACUAAAGGAUGGUGUAUAUGAGCUUAAUAUUUCAGAGAACCAGCGGAACCAGUCUACAAGGAUGGCCCAACCAAGCAAAAGGGAUCAAGCAAGUGUGGAACCAAGGAGUGAGGAGUUUGUAUUUUAUCCUUUUGAACCAAUACAAAGCACUAAUCCACCUUCUAGUGUUGUAACACCCCCUAUAGGUGACACCCGAGAAGACGCGGAGGUCCAGGCCCCUGGCAGCACCAGAGAUGAAGAGGAUGAGGAGCAGCUGUAUGGGGAUAUACCACUGCUGGAGGAGGAUGAGGAAGCUGAUGCAGUCGAAAGACCAGAGGUCAGACACUCAUCCAGAACCUACAGAGGUGUUCCACCAUUACGGCUGUCCUACCUUACAAGGUCGGCGUCUCCACAGGAACCUUCCAAAUGGGAAGAGAUAGAGAGGAUGCCACCGGAUGAAGCCAGUCUCUGGAGGAAAGCUGCUCAGGAGGAGAUAGAUGCACUUCAUUGGAACAGGACCUGGACACUCACAGAACUACCUCCUGAAUCCCAAUACAUUGCAACUUUGGAGGCUUGCAGAGAGAUCGCCUGGCUGGAUCAACUCCUGAAGGACUUUGGCGUGCCAAGGAGGGGACCUGUCAGCUUGAUGGAGGACAAUCAGAGCAGUAUAAAGCUGACACAAAGCGAAAAGUUCCUUGCACGCACUAAACACAUUGGGGUCAGGUACCACUACAUACGCCAGGUGAUCGAGGAUGGACUUGUUGAAAUGUGUUACUGCAACACUGAACAGAUGACUGCAGACAUUCUAACAAAGCCCCUGCUAAGAGAGAAGUUCCAGGAUCUUCGUGGCAAGCUGGGACUCUUGGGUGGUUGAUUAAAGUUGUUUAUGUAUGUU